AUGGCUGAACUGCAUGGUCGUCGGGACUCCCAGGUCCAGAGGAAAACGCAAUCGCAUUCGCAAGCCUCAACCCCCUCGCACCAUCGGCGCCAGAAGGCCAACACCAACUCUCACCACAAAUAUAACCGCUGCUGGGACUGGAUCGUCGUCGGCGGCAACUGCCACUACGCCAAAAACCGCUCCACCUUCACCUCCUACCGCCGCGCACCAGGGAAAAUCGGCCGGUCGCGAGUCCUGGGCAUCGGCACGGUCGAGCUGCAGGUCCAGCGCGGGCCUCGUGAUCCUCGGCCGAACAAGCUUGUCCUGGAAGAUGUGUGGCACAUGCCGGAUGCGCGGUGCAACGGGCUGAGCGUUUCCAAGUAUACUGAGACCAACCAGCCCUUGUUGGUUGAGUCGGAGGGGGAGCAUGUCGAGGCGAAGAGAGAUAGAGACGGGGAGGCAUUGUGGUUCGGAGAUUCCUAUUGUGGGUGUUCGAGGGUGGUGUUGGCCGGUGAUCCAAAGGGAGAUUCGUAUCUUCGGGAUGGCCAAAUGUAUAUGCUGAGCGUCAUUGCCUCGCCGGAGGAGUUGGAUAAGCUUUUGAGUCGGGUUCGGCAGUGGUGA